CUAGGACGCGAUUAAAGAGCCGAUACGCUGUUUUUUUAAAGGUUAGCGUCGCUGUGAGUCGCCCUCCGUCACGGUUUUACUCAGCUAGCUCUCUAUUAUUGAGCCAUCUGGUGAAGCUUGCUAACAUUAGCAGGUUGGUUACUGCCUGGCUGUUACUGCCUGGUUGGUUACUGGUUGGUUACUGCCUGGUGAUGGCUGUGGCACACAGAGGUUGUGUCGUGGCUGGAUUUCUAUUCCUUUUCCUGCUGGCUGGAUGCAAUGCGAGGAUACACAAGCUCAGCCUGAAGAAUGAAACUCGGUUUGUCGUCCACCUCAACACCUUCGGUUUCUACACUAACGGGACUCUAGAUGUCAACCUGCUUUCUCUGCGCCUCCCAGAACAGCUGGUGAACUACAGCAAGUACCCUGUUGGUUUCAGCCUCUCCAGAUCACGUGUGAGUGGAGUCCUCUCCUACACAGCUCAAGAAACGGAAACGUGCCAGCUCACUUUGGCUCAAUCGCCCAACAAUGAGCCGCUCAUUCUUUUCCUUAUUGAUAUCAACACCCUCAGCGUCAGUGUAAGAGCGUACGGUGACCAAGACAACACCUUGUCCGCAAAACUGAAGCAGGAGACGGCGCCUUCCAAAGACAAAGGUCAGAGGAAAAGAAGGGACGAAGGUGAAGCCGCUCCGACAGCAAGUAAGAAUAAAGCUGAGCCAUCAAAGGACAAUGACGAUGUGGGGAAACAUCCCCUCACAGAAGUCAAAAAAGAAAAGACGAGUGAAGAAGAGACCGAAGGUGAGAAGAAAGCAGCAGAUAAGACGGAAGAAAAGGCAGAGCUUCCAGUAGAAGUUAAGACAGUGGAGGAGAAUAAAAUCCUGCUUAAGAAGAACACACAGCUGUUGUUGGAGUUGGGUAAAGUUAACGGCUCCUACAACUUCAGCUUCCACAUGGAGUUCGGGGCACUGGCCGAGGGUCUGUACAAUUUCAACUUCCACUACUGUCAGAACAUGGAGCCUGGAAUCGACAGGCCGUACUCGUUCGCUCUGGAGGUGACAGAGAAGAAUCCAGGAGGCUUCUUAUCCGCUGCAGAAAUCCCCCUCUCUCGCCUUUACAUCUGUAUGGCCGGAGUCUUCUUCACCGCCGCCAUGGUCUGGGUGUACACACUCAUGAAGCACAGGUACAGCGUGUUUAAGAUCCACUGGCUCAUGGCGGCGCUGGCCUUCACAAAGUCCACUUCGCUGGUUUUCCACAGUAUCAACUAUCACUUCAUCAACACUGAGGGACAUCCUAUCGAAGGCUGGGCUGUCAUGUACUAUAUCACACAUCUGCUGAAGGGGGCUCUCCUGUUCAUCACACUGGCACUGAUUGGCACCGGCUGGGCUUUCGUCAAAUACAUCCUGUCUGACAAGGAAAAGAAGAUCUUCAUGAUUGUUAUCCCUCUGCAGGUCCUGGCUAAUGUCGCUUUCAUCAUCAUCGAGUCUACAGAGGAAGGCUCCAGUGAAUACGCCCUGUGGAAGGAGAUCCUCUUCCUGGUCGACCUCAUCUGCUGUGGAGCCAUCCUUUUCCCCGUCGUCUGGUCUAUCCGUCAUCUACAAGAGGCCUCUAGCACCGAUGGCAAAGCCGCCAUGAACUUGGAGAAACUGAAGCUCUUCCGGCAUUAUUAUGUGAUGAUCGUGUGUUAUAUCUACUUUACGAGGAUCAUAGCCAUUCUGCUCAAAGUCACCAUGCCUUUCCAGUGGCAGUGGUGCUACGAGUUUCUGGUGGAGGUGUCUACUCUGAUCUUUUUCGUGUUGACGGGCUACAAGUUCAGACCGGCGUCCAAUAACCCGUACCUCCAGCUCCCCCAGGACGAGGAGGACGUAGAGAUGGAUGAAGUAGUGACUGAGUCAGGAGCACUGGAGGGUAUUUCCAAAGUGAAGAAGACAUCUAACGGACGCGAGCGCCAGAAAGAGUCCACCUUGUGAGUGAGAGGCUGCAUCUUCGGGAGGGACCCACUAAAACAUCCCCCAGGGCCAGCUGGUACAGAGGGGGUGCACACGGACCAAGGCUUCCCACCCCACCCACCCCCCACUACCCCCAGUGACAGCUUUCCUUUUGAAACUCUUUAAGUGGUUGCAGUGGUCAUGCCCACUGUCUGGCUAUGCAAAAAAAAAAAACACACACACACACUAACUUUUGUUGGACGCACUUCAUUUCCUCGGAACAAUUCAACCAGAAACUCGGAAAGGUUUCGGGAUGAGACGGGCUCCUGCCACAAGGAAGGGUGGAGGAAUGGAAGAGAGCUCUGAUGUUUCUUUCUUUUUAUUUUUCUUUAUCUCUCUCUCUCUCUCUCUCUCUCUCUCUCUCUCUCUCUCUCUCUCUCUCUCUCUCUCUCUCUCUCUCUCUCACACUCUCUCUCUCUCUCUCUCUCUCUCUCUCUCUCUCUCUCUCUCUCUUCCCCUCUCUCUCUCUUCCCCUCUCUCUCUCUGUCGCUCUCCAAAGAUAAUUAUCAUUUUAGAGAAAGACUUGCUUUUGGGUGUGUUUAUCGGCUAUUUAAAAUGGUACUUCUGCGAGGCUCUUAGCUGUACCUUUUUGUGUGUGGUGUGAGUACACGUGUGUGUGGAUGUAAGGCGACAUAAAAUUUGGACACGUUGUAUUUUUCUUUUCUUUUUUUUCCUUUUUUGGAGACAAUAGCCCAUACUCAGGUAAAAGGCUAAUCAGUAUAUUUAAAAAAAACAUUUAAGCAACACAUUGAUUAAUUUUCCCACCAUUCAGGGGUCAGUAAUGUCCUUUUUGGCCAUUAUAAAUACAACUUCAUCACCACACAGUAAAAUAUAUGUUACUUUUUCUGAUAUAACUGAUAUGUAUAUUGAAAUAUAUGGAUGUUUUAGAGGUUGUAUAUUUCAAUAUAUUUACUUAUUACAUAUUGAAAUAUGUUAUAUUUCAGUAUUAUUGUUUCUGUUGGAGAGGUGUAAUAGUUCCUCCCAGUUUGUCACAUGGACCGCUGCUGUAAUUUAGUGCUUUAGUGGUUGAGGUCUGUGAAUUCAGCCCAGAUGGCAACAUGUGGACCUCUUAAUGGAUAAACCGGUUUUGGAUCAUUCUUUCAAAUAACCAGACCAGUGGCCCUGAUUGUGUUCAACGACUGCCUUUUUUCUUUUUUGUUUUUUUUUCUCCUUCUGGCCAUUAUGUGCCAAUCUGGGCAGAGAAGUGACCUAACUGAUCAUAUUUGCAUUCGUCUGCUUUUUGGUUUUACCUUUCUGCUCUUGAUGUGAAGCUUAUUUUAUUAAUUAUUGAAGACUUAUUGGUUAUGAAAGAUGAGUAAUAUGUGCAGCCGGGGCAGGUAGACGGCCAUUUGUAAAUAAUUUAAGAGGGGGGAGGCACAUACCACUUUCAUAAGAACUGUGUAGAAGCUUCAUAGACGGCGUUUUUUUCAGACAGUAAUGACACAAGUUCAGUUUUCAUUGAAAUUUUUUGAUUCCUUUUUUUUUGUUGACAGGCGGAGCGUAAAUGUAAGGAAUCAAGGAAAGACUACUGAGAUUUAACCGCAGACACUCCUGUACAGGGACGGCAGAGCUUACACGGUGUUUACAGACUGUUAAUGUGUUGACGAGAGUAUAAACAGUCAGUAAAGGAGUGGAGAAGGUUUCCUGCUUGUUACAGAGGGCUGUUUGAUGUCUGUGCGAACUGUCACAAUAAAGCUGGUGUUCUGGAAAGGUCUCAAAUGAA